AUGAAUAGUUUAUUUUGGUUGUUACUUACAGCUGUUACAGCAACGGCUAAAGAAUUUACAGAUGAGGAAUUAUCCAGUUUCCCGAAGCUUUUUCAUCUCGACGACUAUGAUCGAUGUUUAGCCAGGAGAGAUGGGCUUUAUUGCCUCGGGGUAUUCAACUUGUUGCCGGCUGUUCAGCCUAAUCCUGGCUACGAUCUUUUGAAGGAAUACUCCGAUGAAUUUCACCGACAUUUUAACCGAACACGCAUCCAUCGUGGCUACUGCGUGAGCACCCGUUGUCCAAACUAUGUUACUAGAAAUGCUUCAGAACACUUUGAACGUUGUGUGGACAAAUAUGCUCGAAGCCGCUCGCUUCGUGCUUCAAUCAACACCCUCCACUAUUGUCAUAAUCACACCGACAAGCAUGCUAUAAAACCCAAGACUCCAGCCCAAAAUACCUUUUUACAGUGCAUUUAUGCUAUUAUUGCUAUUAAUAUAAUUGGAACUGCAUAUGAUCUGUGGACCAAAGAUACCCCUAAUAAAAAUAAGCUUAUAACCUCAUUUUCAAUACCAUCGAAUUGGAGAAGAUUGACAGUAAUAUACGAAGGAGAAGAUCCUCGGCUCACUGCUCUUACGCCUCUGAACGGAGUCAGAGUGCUGUCCAUGCUUUUAACAAUGCUUGCUCACAGUCACGUCUUACAUUUUAGUUUCUACACGAUCAAUUCAGAAGAACUAGAAAAGCUAACUGAAAAGAAGCGUGGCAUAUUCCUGUCUGAUGGCUCCUGUUCGAUUCAAGCUCUUGUGACGAUAUCCUGUUUCCUGGUUUGCUACAAUCUUCUAAUUUUCUCCAAGAAACAACAGCUCAACCUCUCUAUGCUGCCACUAUGCAUUAUUAAACGAAUUAUAAGGAUUGCACCAGUGAAUCUGUUAUUAGUUUGUUUCGGAGCAACUUGGUGGCUUCACAUACGCAAUAGUCCUCUAGUCUCUACGACGAUUGGUUUAGAGAGUAAAGCUUGCCAAACUAAGUUCUGGGCCCAUGUAUUCUUUGUCAACAAUUUAGUUGACCGAGGUAAUUACUGUUUGGUACCGACAUGGUUCUUAGCAGUGGACAUGCACAUGUACCUAGUAGCUUGCAUAUUUACACUGAUCAUGUGGCGUCAUAGAUCCAAGGCAAUAAAACUGUACACCAUCAUUUUCCUCGCCUCAUGCACACUGACGGGAGUUGUCACCUACAUCAUGGAAUACAAGUCUAUGAUUUAUCUUUCUACGCCAGAACAAGUUCGGAGAAUAUUCCGUGAUUCAGAAUCAUUCGUGAAUUUCUAUAUGUCCUCAUGGGCUGCUAUUCCGUCGUGCAUUUUAGGACUCAUGCUGGCUCACUUACAGUUCGAAUUAGAUGAAAAACGUAUCAAAUUAUCUGAAUACAAAUGGUUUGUGUAUCUUCACUAUACGGCUUUUCCUUUCAUUUUUCUCUGGGCCUUGAAGGGUAUAUUCACCCGUAAAUAUAACACAACAAUAUUCAUUGCCGCACAUGCAGCUCUCGACACGUCAUGUUACUGUUUAAUUACGUGCAUUUUUCUUCUUGGACUGAUCCACGUUAAUGGUCCAUUAAAGAAGUUAUUCGGCUGGAGCGGUUGGAAUGCAAUGGCACGUAUGUCCUUAACGGUUUUAAUACUACAUUGGUGCGUCAACAUGAUCAUUGCAGCUAGGCCUGUUGCAUAUAGAACCUCAUUUUUGGAUGUGACAGUGGAUUGGACAGCAACAAUCGUCAUUACCUACAUUUUAGCAAUCCCCAUUACAGUUUUGGUGGAACUACCGAUCCAGAAGUUUAUGGGGUUAUUGAUGUUUUAG